UGUGGCGGUGUGUGAUGUGGGGGGUGGGUCUCUGCGCGCAUGCGCUCUGCGCGGCCCGGCUGCCCCGGGAGCCGGGGGUGCCCCGGGGCGGGGGGUGUGCGCAGGGCGGGGCCGGAACGUCUUUCUCCCGGGCCCCGCCAGGGCGGGCCCAGUUAAGCGCCGCACGGAUCAUGGCCGCAGUCGCACGGGGCCAGGUCUGUGCCCGAAGGCUGCUUCCUGUCCCUUGGCUUCUGUUGGGUCCCAGAAGAUGUGCCUCCACCAAUUUCAAGGCUGCGGAUCUGCAGCUGCAGAUAACACAUGCGCCUCAGAAGAAGCCCAAUGCCCGCGAGCCCCUGGUGUUUGGGAAGACGUUUACUGACCACAUGCUCAUGGUGGAGUGGACGGGGAGCAAGGGCUGGGGACAGCCCCGCAUCCAGCCCUUCCAGAACCUCACGCUGCACCCGGCCUGCUCUGCCCUGCAUUACUCCCUGCAGCUCUUCGAGGGCAUGAAGGCUUUCAAGGGCAAGGACCAACAGGUGCGCCUCUUCCGGCCGUGGCUCAACAUGGAGCGCAUGCUGCGCUCGGCUAGACGUCUCUGCCUGCCGAGCUUUGACAAGUUGGAGCUGCUGGAGUGCAUCCGCCGCCUCAUCCAGGUGGACAAGGACUGGGUGCCCGAUGGUGCUGGCACCAGCCUGUACGUGCGGCCCGUGUUCAUCGGAAACGAGCCCACCCUGGGUAUCGGUGGUGCUACGCAGGCCCUCCUCUACGUCAUCCUGUGCCCUGUGGGCUCUUACUUUCCUGGAGACUUUCUGACCCCUGUCUCGCUCCUGGCUGACCCCACGUUCAUCCGGGCCUGGAUGGGGGGCGUCGGUGACUACAAGCUGGGAGGGAAUUACGGGCCCACGGUGUUUGUGCAGCAGGAGGCCCAGAGGCGGGGCUGCGAGCAGGUGCUGUGGCUCUACGGGCCUGAGCACCAGCUCACCGAGGUGGGCACCAUGAACAUCUUCAUCUACUGGACCCACGAGGACGGGGUGCUGGAGCUGGUGACGCCCCCGCUGGACGGCGUCAUCCUACCCGGGGUCAUCCGGCAGAGUCUGCUGGACCUGGCUCGGAGCUGGGGGGAGUUCCGGGUUGUGGAGCGCCAGGUGACCAUGAGGGAGCUGCGGCGCGCGCUGCAGGAGGGCCGCGUGCGGGAGGUCUUCGGCUCUGGCACCGCCUGCCAGGUGUGCCCGGUGCACCAGAUCCUGUACGAAGGCCAGCACCUCCACAUUCCCACCAUGGAGAAUGGGCCGGAGCUCGUCCUCCGCUUCCAGAAGGACUUGAAGGCGAUCCAGUACGGAACGAGAGCGCACGAGUGGAUGCUCACGGUGUGA